AUGUCCUGUCUUCCUUUUUGGGCUGUCACUAUCGCCAAAGGCUACAAGUGGGACUUUGGAGAGGUCCUGUGUAAGCUAGUCAACAUGGCCAUCUCUAUGAACUAUAUCUGCAGUGUUCUGUUCCUCACGCUGGUCAGCAUGGACCGCUACUUGGCUCUGGUGAAGCCUAUGAGCUCCAGCUGUCUGAGGAGAGCAACAUGGGCCAAGCGUAUCUGCCUGGGGAUGUGGAGCCUGGGCUUCCUCUUUAGUUUGCCCAUCCUGCUCUUCCGUACAGUGGAGUACGUAAAGGAUCCCGGUGUAGAUGCCUGCAUUCUCACCUACCCCAACCCAAUAUGGAAGGUGCACCACAACAUUAUUAGGAGUGUAGUGGGCUUUCUCUUGCCUGUUCUGGUGGUGGCUUACUGCACUUGUCACACUGUGGUGGCACUGAAUAGCCAGGGAGCCAGAGGACUCACCGGGGUGAGGACAGAGGCGAGAGCAACUUACUUGGUCCUCACAGUCCUAAUCGUCUUCCUCAUCUGCUGGACACCAUACCAGGUGAUGCGAUUUCUUGACACUCUGGAUUACUUCCAUUUCAUACCUGGAUGCCUCUGGGGUCAUAUCCUGGACAUUGGCAUACAGCUGUCCACAUAUCUGGCGUACAGCAACAGUGCAGUUAACCCUUUUCUCUUUGUCAUUGUGGGGAAACAUUUCAGGAAAAUGGCAAAAGAGGUGUUUGGAAGAACUCUGAACCCCAUGUCAAAAGACAAGACCUGA